GUUGUUGUCAUGGCUGUUAAAGAUGUGCAUUAGUGCAUUCGUUCAUUCACGUCACUGAAGGCCUUCUUCUACCAAGCCAAAGAAACACGAGGCAAUGGCGGACUCAUGGAUGUCCCGCCUGAGGAAGCGUGCCAGCACUGGAGCCCGGCCGGCAGGUGAGGGGAACAGGCCAGCUCCCAGACACCAGGAGUGGUACGAGCUGUACAAAGGAUUGAGAAAUGUCCCAUGCAGACGCAUGGACAGAUGUCCUUGUUCGGUCAGCUCAGGAAGCGUACCUGUGGAUUCCACGCUCCGAAGCCAACCGGAGCAAGUGCUGCUCAGGGGCCCACACAGCACCGGACUGGCGCAGUGGGUCCAGUUCACAGUACUUAGGGACAGCAGAGUGCAGCAGUUCCGAGCGUCCUGGGUCAACGUCCUGCAGCAGUGGGUCUGACCCAGAGCACCACUUCAGCAGCCGGUCCGGUACAGAGUACCAUGGGUCAGCAGAGUCCAGCUGUGGGUCCAGUCCACACCACUGUAGGACAAAGUGCUGCUGUGGGACAGGUUCUGGGAGCAGGAGGACCGAAGCAGCGACCAUCAUUGAAUUUGGCAAUGGUGUUUGGACACUUAGACGCUCGUAACUGACCAUGAAUGUGUGAAAUCUGAGCAGAGCCCGAAAAGUAUCCCAGCCAUGGCCUCCAAUGCUCCACACAACUUCUCCUGGGUCGAACCAGGCAAACUGGCCGGACUGGCAUUGCCCAGGAUGACGGCUGAAUACCAGUAUCUGCUGGACAACGGUAUCAAACACCUGGUUUGCCUGUGCGAGAGGAAACCGCCUUACCACGACUCGUGCCCACAGCUGCAGCUGCACCACAUCAAGAUAACAGACUUCACUCCCCCUUCGCCGAGUCAGAUUGACAGAUUCCUCACUAUCGUGGAAGAGGCCAACUCCACUGGGGAAGGUGUUGCAGUUCACUGCAUGCACGGCCAUGGUAGAACGGGGACAAUGCUGGCCUGCUACCUGGUGAAGACGAGGAAGAUUUCAGGCAUCGACGCCAUCAAUGAGAUCCGCCGGCUGCGGAGAGGCUCCAUCGAAACGCACGAGCAAGAGAAAGCAGUGGUUCAGUUUUAUCAGCGCACCAAGUAACUUUGACACAGAGGACUAAGUAACAGUUUUACAGACGUAGCACUGAAUAUUACAGAUGAGUAUAAAAGUAUGCUAAAAAGUAUUUUUUUACUUUAUUCUCUACAAAUAGGAAAAUACAAAAAAAUUAUGUUAAAACAGGCGACAAAUCAACAAUGAACAAUAAUGAACUUAAAUGUUAAUUUCUCACAUUAUCCCCUGGGAUAUUUAACUAAGAGAAACACUUCUACAGUUAAUUAAUGCAGAAAAUACCUGUUAUAUUGUACUGUAUACUGUUCCUUCUACUAGCACAUUAUUACUUUUCUUUAUAUAAACUUUCUUUUACACGGCUGUAACUUCUUUUACGCACUGGACACCAGAGAAAAGAGACGCUGCCGCUCCUUGAAUGUGAGCUUCUCAGGAGCUGUCGGGCUCUUGAUUUUCUCCUCCUGGUUUCUGCAAAUAUACAAACAUAACAAAUACUUGAAUUUUAUUACUUGUGGUGGUGGAUUAUUUAUAGAGACACAAACAGGAUCUAGUUUUUUUUUCAAACACUUGAAAGAAAUUUAUUAAGCAAACAGUGAUAAGCUUGACGAAUGGAGACUAAUGUAAUAAUCUUUAUGUGCUUGUUGAUUUCUAUGUCAUAAAGUCAUCUUUGUAGAAAUGCUGCAGAAAUAUCUGCAUGUCAGUUGAUUUAAUUUCAAUGUUUUGCUUCAAUUGCUAAAAAAAUGUCAACUCACUCUUUUGAUGUGUUGUUAUGCACAUUUUCAGUCUGUCCAGUUGGUCUUUGAUCUGCCAAACAAAUAAAUGCUGUAACAUGAAAUAAAUAUAAUAUA